GAUCACUACAUUGGGAUAGUGAAGUCUUGGAGCCAAGGUGUCAUAUACACAUCUGAGAUAACAGGCAGACUGGUGAUGAAGCACCUGCGAGUGCCAGAGGAUCGUAUUGUGAUGAUCCCAAUGCACAAGAAGUAUGAAGUGUGUAAAGGCGUCUGGGUGACGCUUGAAGAUGCCAACCACUGUCCUGGUGCCGUUGUCUUCCUAUUCGAGGCCAGCGAUGGUGACACUGUGAAGAGGAUCUUACACACAGGAGACUUUAGGGUCAGCAAGGCGCUGAUAGACAAGUUUAAGGAUGUGUACUUGGACGAGAUUUACCUCGAUACCACAUACUUGGACCCUCGUUAUUCAUUUUAUGACCAAAGGUUGGUGAUUAAUACAACUGUGGACUUCGUUCAACAAUGUGUGACAACAAAGCAGAAUGGUAUAAUAGACUUCCUGAAAGGUGGAACGGAGUUUGUCAUCUUAGUGGGGAGCUACAGCAUUGGAAAGGAGAAGGUCUAUACAGAGUUGGCGAAGAGGUUGAAGACGAAAGUAUUCGUCGCUCCU